AUAAGCUAGCUAUUAAUAAGAAAGACACUGAAACUUUGCGGAAAUUACUGGAAGACGUACGAACAGACUAUGAAGAAUUACAGAAAAGUUUCGAUAAACGCACUAGUGAGACAAAAAGUGAGGAAGGCGAAGUGCCGAUAAAAGAGAGCAAUGAAAUGAGAAAGCGGAAAGCUGAGAAAAAACGAUCGAAAAAGGUUUAUAAGGUUUCAUCUUCAGAUGAGAUAACGGAGUGGAGAUUUUCAGAUAGUAAGACAACGGGUUUUACUAAAGAAUCUCCAAGUGCUCUUCAAGUAAUUGACAGUGGCGAAAUAGCAUGCCCCUGUCUUGAGAAAAGUAUUCGUAAAAUCGUGAAGGAUAUCAGAGAAGAAUUCAAAGACACCAUUCUGGACUUCAAACGAUGCUUUGAGGAACAGUGCACAAGCAUCGGUGAAGAAUUAGCCACGUUAAAACAUGAAUACUUGGGCGCUGUGGAAAGAAGGGAUUCUGAAAUUAUCGGCUUUGAAAAAAUCAUCAAAGGCUUGCAGUCACGAUUCCUGGAAGAAGACAAAGAGUUGAUAACGUUCAGAUCGGUUACUGCAUCUGUUUUGGAAGAGAAGCAGAAAUUAUACGACGAUAUUCGUUUGCUGAAAGAUGAACUCUUGCGAAAAAAAUUCGAAAAGGAAGCUAGCCAAGCAGAGUUAGGGAAAAUGAAACAAGGUUUAAAGAAAUAUUGCACCGCUGAAGAAUAUGAAGAUUUGCAGAAGUUAAAUUUUCAAUUUGAUGGAGACUGUGGAAGUAGAGGAAUCGAUGGCUGCGGUCAAUCUUCUGAGAAUAUGAAGGAGUAUGAUAAUGUCGGUGAACUUCAAAACAAAAUGGAACAGUUCCACCCAGUUUUGAAAAAAGCUAAGCAGGAAAUUGCAAGGCUAAAAGAAGAAAGAACGGAGGCUCAGAAUCGUUUGGAAGAAAAGAUUUCCGAAACGAUUAAAUUAGAGAGUUAUUUUAACAAACAGUUGAGCGAAUCUGUAAUGGAACUGAAGCGAAAGGAAAGAACAAUUACCGAACUGAAAGAACAGUUGUCCAGUGCAGAGCUGAAAAAUUAUCAACUAAACAGUAAAAUAAAUCAGCUGGAGAAAGAGAAGGAAGAUUUGAAUAAAAAGUAUAUGCAAGAGUUGGAAGAAGUUAAAGGUGAGUUGAGGCCAUUCAGCAAGAACCGUCAACUAAACAAAAAGAGGGGCGAACAAUUACAAAAUGGGAAUGACUUGCCUAACGAUGAUUACAUUGGACCGAAAAAUCAACUUGAAGACAAAGAAGCGAAAAUGCUUGCAAGAACGACAGAGACUGAAGAAUAUUUAUUUGACGAAGACUACCAGAAACGAUUUCUUCAGGAGAAGUCCUUGCUUAAGAAAGAUCUUGAGGCUGAAAAGAGAAAAAAUGAAUUGUGCCUGUUGGAAAUAGAAAAACUUCAGAGAGAACUCGAUCAGUGGAAGGAAAUCGUCCGAGAUGAUAUGGAUGUGGGCGUGGGAUUCCUUCGGAUCGAAAAUGAAGAUUUGAAAGAUGAGUUACAAGAGAAUCAGAUAUUCAUUAAAGAAUUGAUGUCAAAGAAAAAGCGACAUACCCAAAUAAUUAAGAAGUUGCGGGCAGAAAAUGCCAUGUUGAAGAAUUCUAAGAACACAACAGAAGAUGAAUAUGACGAUUUAAUUUCAUUUGAAUCCGACGACGGAACGUUUGAUGAGGGGUUUAGUUUCGAACAAACUACAACCCAAGAACAGAGAGUAAGACUGGACAAGAAUGGGAAAAUUGAAAUGGGAGCUCCACUUAAAAAUGAGAGCAAAAAUCUUUACACUGAUUCCAGUUUUGACUUCUUGGAGUACGACACAAGCAUUAGCGAAAAGGAAUAGUCCAAGGAAAAUAGUAUGCUGUAAGCAAAUGGACCGACCUAUAAAUUUAUAACAUUACUUAUUGUAAACGAAAUAAACUGUGAGAAUCUUUGCGUAUUUGUUAGAUACCAG